GCCGGCUGAGCUCCCCAGCAUCCCCACACCCCAGCGGCACAAUGGACGUGGCCCUUCUCCACGGGCUGCUGCUCCUCCUCAUCCUCCCCGUGCUGCUUUACUGGCACAGUGCCGCCUUCCACUACUUCUGCAAAGUGACCUUCUUCAACAUCUGGGUCGUGACCAUGGCGACUCUCCUCUCCCCCUUCGUGGCAAUUCGGGGACGCUGCGUGGAGAACAUGAAGCUCCUCUGUGCUGUGAUCCGGCCCCUCAAGCACUUGUAUGGCAUCAAGAUAGAGGUGUUGGGUGCCGAGCACCUGAAUCUCAAGGAGCCCUAUGUGAUAGUUUGCAACCACCAAGCUUCCCUUGACCUGAUGGGAAUGGUGGAGGUCAUCCCCAAGCGCUGCGUGCCCAUUGCCAAGAAGGAGCUCCUGUACAUGGGCACUGUGGGCUGGGCCUGCUGGCUCAGUGGCAUCAUCUUCAUCGACCGCCAAAGGACUGGAGAUGCCAUUGAUGUCAUCUCCCAGACGGCCAAGACCAUCCGGCGUGAAAAUCUCCGAGUGUGGAUUUUCCCAGAAGGCACCAGGAACCAGAGCAGAUCCAUGCUGCCCUUCAAGCGUGGGGCGUUCCACCUGGCUGUGCAGGCUCAGGUUCCCAUUUUCCCCGUUGUGAUUUCUCCAUACUGGGAUUUCUUCAGCUCCAAGGAGAAGAAAUUCACCCCUGGAAUGUUCACCAUCCGAGUUCUCCCCAAGAUAGAAACCCGUGGCCUGAGCCCAAAGGAUGUCCCGGGGCUGACAGAGACUGUCCGCAACAUCAUGGUUGAUGUCUUCUCUGAGAUGUCUGCAAAUCCCUGCAGGGAUCAGCGUGUGGAGCUUCCUCUGCUCCCAGGCACUGGGGCAACCAUGAGGACUGACAGCAUGUGGCGAGAGGAGGACACAACUGGGACCAGUGAUUAG